AAAAAAUGACGGAGAACCUGUUCAAAGAAGUAAAAUACUACGUGACCGGAAAGUUGGAUCCCAAGGUCAAGGAACUCCUGGACAAUGGUGGUGCAUCCAAUUCCAAAUUUAUGGUAGAUUACAUCACACACGUGAUAUGCGGCUUGAAUUUCGAUGAGAAUGAAAUAUCUCAGGCAUCGGAUCUCUAUGAACUGCCCUCAGUUACGGAAGAAUGGGUACAUGCUUCUGUGAAAUUGGGACGUUUGGCCACAACAAAGCCCUACGAACCGAUUGGGAAUAAGUUGUUUGUUGGCUGUACAUUUGCAUUGAGUGAUCUCUCGGUGAAGGACAGGAAAACCCUCUUUGCCACGAUCACAUUUCACGGAGGACAAGUUGAGAGAAAUUUCACCGGAAAGACGACACAUUUGGUUUGUGGAGCAGCUUCCGGUCAGGCCUACGCCAAGGCACAGACACUAGGCGAGAAGGUAACUAUUGUAACUCCCGAUUGGGUAAUUGAUUGUGUCCAGAACAAUUUACUGGUGGAUGCCCAGGGCUUCCAUCCCAAACUCCUGAUCACCAUGGAAAGUCAGAAGGCACCUGAAGUCCCUCAGCAAACCCUAGCCAGUAUUAUAGGGUUUGACUUUGAGGAGGGCAUUGCAAAGACCGAAUUGCCAGUUCCCAAGUCAACAGGAACUGAAAUCCCUCCUGCCACUGUCACACUUUCCCAAGCCAUCCCUCAGUCACCAGUUCCAGUAUCUAGUGUCCAGCAGAAGCCUGGACAGAUGGUCCAGACGAGCACUCCCAUGCAGACACCGCAGGGAAUGCCUCCUGGCCAGAUGCCACAGAUCCGGAACAAGUUGAUCCUCCAGCAACAGCCUGGAGGACCCCGGGCUGUGAUGCAGCAGCAAUUGCAAAACAAAAAUCUCAUGCAGCAGCAGCAGUUUCAGCUGCAGAUUCGUCAGGCAGUCCCUCCUGCCCAGCAGCAGAAUCCCGUCAGUCAGGCGGUAUUCCAGCCAGCUCCGCAGCAACCUGGCCAGAUGAUGGGCGCCACCAUGAAGCAGCCCCUGAAGGAGGGCGAGGGAAAUCCCCAGGAAGCCAAUCAAACCAUCAUCCGGCAGCAGCUGAUCCAGCACAAUCCUGCCAUGGGGAAUCAGACCCACAUCAUUGCCACUCCGGCUUCCCAGCAGAUGAUCCAGCAGCAUGUUCUCAGUGCUCAGGCCAAGGCUGGGACGUCCCAGCAGCAGGUACAGUUCAUCCAGGCUACGCCUCAGCAGGCCCAGAAACUCAAGGCUGGCGCAAUGAUCCAGAUCCAGCAGCAGCCGCAGCAGCAGCAACAGAUGUUCGGUGGGCAGAAUCUAAAUCAGCCGAACAAACACAUCAUCCUGGGUCAGCAGCCGGCGCAGCAGCAGACAGUUCCUGGGCAGCAGCAGCCCCAGAAUAUCGUCAUCAUCAAUCAGUCGAGCCUGAAGCAGCCGCAUCAGCAGCAGAAUCCGCCCCAGGUGACUGCACAGCAACCAGCGCAAUCCACUUCCCAGCCGCAGCAGCAGCAGCAGAUCAUGGGCCAGCAGCCGCAGAACAUUCAGUAUCUGCACACGCUGCAGCAUCAGCAGCAACAGAUGACGUUCCAGAUGCAACAGAAGCCGCAGCUCAACAUGUCCGGAGGGCAAAUUGUCCAGCAGAAUCCACCCAAUCAGAGUCAAGUGAUUCCGCAGCAAGCUCAACGGGCUCAACCUCAUCAAGUUCAGGUUCAGCAAAUUGUCCAGGGUGCCCAGCCAGCAGCUGCUCAGCAGAUUGUAGCUUCUGGUCAGGGUCAACCAGGGCAGCAGAGAAUGGUGACAAUGGCUGGGCAGCCGCAGCAACAGCAGCAGCAGCAGCAGCAGCAACAACAACAGCAGCCUGGGCAACAACAAUGGGCAACUCCUCAAGGUCCUUACGUGAGAGCCACUCGGCCACACUGGCAAGCCGGAGCUCCGGGUCCGCAGCGUCAGUUGAUCCAGUUGGAUGCCCAGACGCAUGCCCAUCUUCAGACUCUGGAUCCCAUUAGUCGGGCAGAGUACAUUGCCAAGCUGCAGAGCAAGCAACGAGGGAUAAUGCUGAGGCAGCAAGUAUUUCCGGCUGGAGUUCGUCCGGGAACAGCCCCUCCGGGCAUCGUAACAGCUCAACUGCCCACAGGAGGGCAUCAGCACAUCCUGAUCCAGAGCCAGAUGCCUGGGGGCUUGUCCCCGCAGAAGCAGGUCCAGUGGCUGAGGCAGAACAGACCGCUGCUCCUGCGUCAAGCCAGUGCUCCGGGAUUGUCGCCGAUUUCGCAACAGACUCCAUCUGGGGUGAUCCAACAGCCCCCACCGCAAUCCCCAGCACCCCAGGCUCAGGCCACUGGUGGGCAGUUUCAUCAGGUGGAUGCAGCAGCAGCUCCACCGCCUCACUAUCAACGCGUCAUGCUGCAGAUGCAGCAAACCGGACCUCAGGGUCAGGCUAAGGUUGUCACACCGACUGCCGGUGGAAGUCAGGGAAGUGCUGGCCAGCCAGCUGUUCCACGCACUGGCUUCCCCACAGCUCAAACUGACCUGACUCCAGGAACACCCGAUGGGGCUCCAGUGAUGCAGACUCCAACAAUGCAGGGAGUACCGCAGCAGCAGCCGCAUCCGGAAACACCGGCUGCUGGCGGGCAGAUGAUCAACAAGACAAAGACUGCCCUGGCCAAUAUGCUGAACAGCCGCUUGAGUGGAGCCAACAACGGAGCUGUGGGAUCAACUGGAGUACCAGAGACAGAACCAUCGGCUGCUGGAACAUUGCGAAUGAUGACAGCUCAGCAUAAUGCAGCCCUGAGCUUGUCAGGAACUCCGAGAACGCCACAGGACAUCAUUGCAAUGCAACGACGUACCUUGGGCAAUAUUACGAACAGUGCAACUGUAGGGCCACCGGCUGUUGCCCAAGUACCUCAAGGGCAAUUGCCCAUUGUUGUGCCCCAAUCUCCGGGCACCGGAGGACCAGGGCUGAAGGGAGCUGCUCCCUUCAGUCCUGGUCGAGCUCCCCUUCCGCCACGACCGCAAUUCUAUGGGCACAAUCCCAAUCUCAAAUUGCCACCGGAGCUCUUCCUGCUCGGUUGCACGUUCUUCGUGGUGGAGUACGAUGAGACCAACAAGUCGGAUCUGCCGACCUGGAGGGAGCUCAUCCAGAAGCAUGGCGGAGAAAUUGAAGCGUUUUACUGCCAGAAGGUUACGCAUGUUCUCUGUCGCACGCAGAGGCAUGGGGUUGUCAUGCAGGCCAUCAGGGAUUCAAAGAGGUGCGUCACUGCAUACUGGCUCAACGAUACCAUCAUCCGGCGCCAGGUGCAGCCUCCUUGGCAGGCUCUCCAUCUGCCGGCCCCGAGUACUUUUGGCAUGCAGAAGCCCGCCACGAGGCACAUAAUAGCCAUUUCGGGUUUCGAGGGGGACGAGAGGCAGAGGAUAAAGCAGAUGGUUGAGGAGUCUGGGGCAAAGUUUACGGGAUAUUUCAGUAAGCAGAACACAGUGUUGAUCUGCAAGAAGCCCGAAGGGGCAAAGUAUCGAAGGGCAAAGGAUUGGGCUAUUCCUGUGGUGAAUGCUACAUGGCUCAGUGAUAUUCUCCUGGGGAAUCUCAGUUCGAUGUCACAGUAUGAAAUAACAAAGUAUCAACAGUACAAUCUCAUGGGACCGUUUAGGAUUGAAUAUGGACUUGUGCCUCAUCUUAUGACUGCCUGGAAGUCACCAAUAAAUCUGACCCAGGAGUCGCAUGAGAGGGUGAAGAGGUGUCUGUCGGAACCACAAAAUGCACCUAAGCCUAAGAAAAUGCGAACUCUGCCACCGUUGGAGCCCAUUCCGGAUGAAAUUGUGUGCACAAAGGCUCCGGAGGGAGAUGAAGUGCCAAAGGUACUUUUUUCCCAGGUUGAUAAUCUCGAUGGACUGACCAGGGCUGUUACAUCUCUUGGUGGGAUUGUGGUGCAGAAUCCUCUGGAGGCAACUCACUUGGUGAUGACACGCCUGGCACGAACGCACAAGUUGCUGCUGGCAUUGUGCGUGGUCAAGCAUAUUGUGUCCACCAAGUGGCUCAUGGAGAGUGCCAAGGAGGGAUUUUUCCUGCCACUGGACAAUUUUGCCAUUCGCGAUGCGACGUUCGAGGAGAACUUCAAGUGUGACAUUCACGAGACGGUGAAGAGCACCAAUAGGGGGCAAUUAUUUGACGGCAGGACAUUCUACAUGACGCCAAGCGUGCGUCCGGCUGUCCGGGAACUGACGCAGAUGAUUGAGGCGAGUGGGGGCAAGGUGGAGAAGGCUCGAAGGUCUGUGGCGAGGAUUCAAGAGGCAAAUACCCAAGUUCCAGACAGCUACAUUAUCCUGAGCUGUGCCAAUGAUCUGCAUCUUUUGGCGGAUUUAACGCGUUCCGGGAAGCAGAAUCGCAUCAUUUGCACCACAGAAUUCGUCAUGAGAUCCAUCAUGACGCAAAGUAUCAACAUUGAGCCACACAUUAUGAAGUACUUUUAAAAGAAAAAAUAAUGCAGCAAAAUUAUGGGAAUUAUAUUUUUACACUUAUUCCUCUAUUAUCCUAUUUCCGUGUGAAUUUAGCAAUGAAUAAAAAGAUUCCAAGGA